UUCUGAUUCCAGACGACUACCCCCUGGAUAUCAAAUCUCCGUCCUUCCCCUUUCCAUACAGAGGAACUGAAAUAUGGUGCUCAAAGGCGGAUCGCAGUGAAUGACACACAAAAUUAGCAUCUAAUUGGUAUGAGAAUCUCCUGGUAGCAAAAUGAGUUUCUUUGGCUUUGGGCAAACAGCUGAUGUUCAGAUUGAGCUGAAAGAAGCAGACAAGAGGAAACAAGUUGAAGUGAAAAAUGAAGAUGGUAAAAGGGACAAACUUUAUUUGUAUUAUGAUGGAGAAUCUGUUUCAGGAAAGGUUCAUGUAAUCCCAAAGAUUCCUGGAAAAAAGCUUGAUCACAAUGGAAUUAAAAUAGAGUUUCUAGGACAAAUAGAGUUGUUCUAUGACAGAGGCAAUCAUCACGAGUUUACAUCUCUGGUUAAAGAGUUAGCAAGGCCUGGUGAUUUAACUACCAAACAAACCUAUGAAUUUGAGUUUGUCAAUGUCGAGAAACCAUUUGAAACAUACACUGGAGCAAAUGUUAGAUUAAGAUAUUUCCUGAAAGUCACAAUUAUCAGAAGACUAGCAGACAUUGUAAGAGAACUGGACAUUGCAGUCCAUACACUGUCAUACUACCCUGAAGUCAAUAACUGCAUCAAGAUGGAAGUUGGUAUAGAAGACUGCCUUCAUAUAGAAUUUGAAUAUAACAAAUCUAAGUAUCAUCUGAAGGAUGUGAUUGUCGGUAAAAUUUACUUUUUGCUGGUGAGAAUCAAGAUAAAACACAUGGAACUUGCCAUAAUCAAGAAAGAGGUUGCAGGGAACUCACCAAAUCAGUAUACUGAAAACGAGACUAUUGCAAAAUACGAAAUUAUGGAUGGAGCACCAGUCCGAGGCGAGUCGAUACCCAUUCGACUUUUCCUUUCUGGCUAUGAAUUAACUCCAACAAUGAAGGAAGUCAACAAAAAGUUUUCAGUACGUUACUAUUUGAAUCUGGUUCUUGUUGAUGAAGAGGAAAGGCGCUACUUCAAGCAACAAGAAGUGACUCUUUGGAGAAAAGGUGAUGUUCAAAAACGACGUCCCCAAGCCACGAAUGGAGGUGCAAGUUGAGGAAAGACAUGGACGCUACAUUGAGGUGUUUGUCUGGCAAACUUAAUAGAAUCACUUUUCUACAACGACACAACUGUAUUGCUUCGAUAAAUGAUAUUGUCUUAAAUUUAUUUUUUUGGUAAUAAUUGAUUUGAUUAAGAUGUUAUUGCAUUUUCAGUUACUUAGUCAGCGAAAGCUCCUAUCAUGUAAAAUAGUGAGGGUUAUUAGAUAGGUGUUAGGGGAACCUUCUUAGCUAGAUGUUAGGGGAAACUCCUCUCUGGGUCGUAAGUCUUUGAUCACCAUCUUCGGUUGUUAAUGAUGUUUUCAUUUUCCCUGGCUGUGAAACACCUUCAUCGUCAUUUCUCUAAGAGCAAGAGAAACGUUCCAGAGGCUCAUGGUGUUCGAGGGGUUGACGCAAUUUUAAAACAGAGCUUAAAACAACUCGGUAUUUUCUUUCAAAGUGAUGCCUUAAUUUCCUUCAACGUUGCUUGAUUAUCCCUUUCCCUGCUUUUCCUGUAUCCAUUCCAAUUAUCAUGAUUUUGCUUUCCAUUUCUCGCCUAAUUUGCUUUUAUCUGCAAGCAAAUUUCUAAAAAGGUGUUUCAAAAUGGUUGUACGUAUCCAUUUUCGUUAUUUGUACCUUCUAGGUCACCGUAUUUCCUUGCUAUCUGCCUUAUUUCCAUGUGCUAUUCUCGGAUUAAAUGAAUGCUGUAAUUAUCAUCUAUCAUCACCUUCCCAAUUAUUUGAUCAGCCAUAUUGUUUCUGUAAUGGAAAAAUCAGCAUUUGUUGUCUUCAAAUUGUCUUUUGCAAAAUUAAAACCUUUUUAAAUUUCCAUUAAUGAUGAUAAAGUUUCCUUG